CGUCACAGGCAAGAGCCGCCAUUUUGACUGAGCAACCCUAGUGACAGGAGCCGAAGAAGCAGCUCAGGUUGUCCCGUUUCCCCUCCCCCUUCCCUUCUCCGGGUGACUUCCUGGGUCCCUUACACUCCACAGUCCCGGUCCCGCCAUGUCCCAGAAACAAGAGGAGGAGAACCCUGCGGAGGAGACUGGCGAGGAGAAGCAGGACACACAGGAGAAAGAAGGUAUGCUCCCUGAGAGAGUCGAGGAGGCAAAGCUAAAGGCCAAAUAUCCAAGCCUAGGACAAAAGCCUGGAGGCUCCGACUUCCUCAUGAAGAGACUCCAGAAAGGGCAAAAGUACUUUGACUCAGGAGACUACAACAUGGCCAAAGCCAAGAUGAAGAAUAAGCAGCUGCCAAGUGCAGGACCAGACAAGAACCUGGUGACUGGUGACCACAUCCCCACCCCACAGGAUCUGCCCCAGAGAAAGUCUUCACUCGUCACCAGCAAGCUUGCGGGUGGCCAAGUUGAAUGAUGCUGCCCGGGGCUCCGCCAGAUCCUGAGACGCUGCCCCCCUGGGUCCUGUGCUGGCUCCUGCCCCUCCCUGCUUUUGCAGCCAGGGGUCAGGAGGUGGCUCGGGCGCGGGCUGGAGAGGCAGAAGCCCCUGCCCGUCGGUGUCCCAGCGCAUGGAGCCCCUUGGGCUGAGCACCAAGACCUUGAACCUUUUUUGUUUUCCCUUUUUUUCCAAAUAAUUGUUGGGAGACAUCUCAGUGAAAUCCUGGGGGUGGGGUGGGGGGUUGGGAGGGUGGAGUGGGAGAUUUGGGGGAAUAUGAAUUAGGGCUUGGAGUUGAUAAAAACAUUCUUGACUAUCCUCCUUAACCAUGUAGCUGGUGUGGGGUGGGUGUGAGGAGGAGGAAGUAAAAUGGACAAAAGAUGAGAGGCUCUAAUUCAGCUCUGUAGAAGAAUGCCUUGUUUGCUUGGAUGUGGCUGGGGACCUGGUGUCAGAUAAAAGAAACUGACCGUCUAAAUAUGAAAGAUGCAGACAGCUCCUCUGGUUCUGCAGAGCAAGCUGAGAACUCAGCUGUUCAUAAAAAAAAAAAAAAAAGUGCUGUCUUGAAAUAGAUUUGUUGUGGGAAGAAGGGCAGUGAGCAUGGGAGAAGGGGGCUAUGAGCGUGGGGAGCCCCAUAGAGCCCAGGGGACUUUUUCAGUUUGAAAUAAAAAACAAAAGAAGACCCACAAAAAAAAACCCAACCCAGAAA